AUGCCCCCAGUGUCCGCCUCCCCUGUACCUGCGCCUCCGGCCCCAUCCCUGCCCCAGUGCCCCACGCCUCCUGCCUGCGCCUCCAGCCCCAUCCCUUUGAGUGCCUCCCCUGUACCUGCGCCUCCCGGCCCCAUCCCCUACAUGCCCCCAAUUCCACUUUCCCCCUGCCUGCGCCUCCCGGCCCCAUCCCCUACGUGCCCCCAGUGCCCACGCCUCCCCCUGCUUCCUGCCUCCCACGAUCCCAUCCCCUACAUUGUAGUGCCCACCUCCCCCUGUGCCUCUGACCCCAUCCCCUACAUGCCCCCAGUGCCCACACACUUACUCUACCUCCAGCCCCAUCGCGUGCCCCCAGUGCCUCCCCUGUGCCUGCGCCUCCACAGUCCCUCCCUACGUGCCCCAGUGCACUCCCCUGCACCACGCCUCCGACCCCCCCAUCCCCAUUGCCCCCAGUACUUGCCCUCCCUGCGCCUCCACGACCCCAUCGUGCCCAGUGCCCUCCCUCUGUACCUGCGCCUCCACGAUCCCCUCCCCUACAUGCCCCCCAGUGCCCCACGCCUCCCCUGUACCUGCGCCUCCCGACCCCACAUCCCCUACAUUGCCCCAGUGCCCACGCCUCCCCCUGCCACCUGCCUCCCGGCCUCCCUACAUUUUGGUGCCACUCCUGCGCCUCCACGAUCCCAUCCCUACAUGCCCCCAAGUGCCCACCUCCCCCUGUACCUGCGCCUCCCGGCCAUCCCUACAUUGCCCCCAGUGCCCCGCCUCCCCUGUACCUACGCCUCCCAGUCCCAUCCCUACAUGCCCCAGUGCCCACACUUCCCCCAUACCUGCGCCUCCCACAGCCCCAUCCCCCAUUUUGCCUCCUAUACCUGCCUCCCGGCCCAUCCCCUACAUGCCCCCAGUGUGCCUGCCUCCACGAUCCCAUCCCCUUUAGUGUCCACGCCUCCCCUGUUACCUGCCUCCUGGCCCCAUCCCCCAGUGCCACCUCCCCUGUGCCUGCGCCUCCACGAUCCCAUCCCCUACAUUGCCCCCCAGUGCCCGCCUCCCCUGUACCUGCGCCUCCUGACCCCCAUCCCUACAUUGCCCCAGUGUCACGCCUCCCCUGUACCUGCCUCCCACGACCCCAUCCCCUACAUGCCCCCAGUGCCCACCUCCCCUGUACCUGCCUCCCAUGCCCCCAGUACACCUCCCCACACCUGCACCUCCACGACCCCAUCCCCCUACAUGCCCCCAGUGCCCACACCCCCACCUGCACCUCCCACAGUCCCACAUCCCCUACAUGCCCCCAGUGUCCACCUCCCCUGCACCUCCCGUCCCUCCCCUACAUUACCCCCAGUGUCCACACUCCCCCUGCCUCCCAUCCCAUUGCCCACAGUACUUGCCUCCCCUGUACCUGCACGCCUCCCGGCCAUCCCUACGUGCCCCCAGUGCCCACCUCCCCCUACCUGCCUCCACGACCCAUCCCCUCGUGCCCCCAGUGCCCCGCCUCCUCUGUACCGCCUCCACGAUCCUGCCCACCUCCCCCUGUCUGCACCUCCCACAGUCCCACUCCCUACAUGCCUCAGUACCCCUUACUCCCCUGUGCCUGCCUCACGACCCCAUCCCCUACAUGCCCCAGUGUCCACUUACUCCCUGUACCUGCCUCAUUGUCCCUACAUGCCCCCAGUGCCCACGCCUCCCCUGUGCCUCCCACAUUCCAUCCCCUACGUGCCCCCAGUGCCCACGCCUCCCCCUGUGCCUGCGCCUCCCAGUCCCAUCUACAUUGCCCCCAGUGCCCCGCCUCCCUGCCUGCACUCACGGCCCAUCCCCCAGUGCCCACGCCUCCUGUACCUGCACUCCAGUCCCAUCUACAUUGCCCCCAGUGCCCACGCCUCCCCCUGUACCUGCACCUCCAGCCCCAUCCCCCUACAUUUUGAUGCCCACUCCCCCUGUACCUGCCUCCGGCCCAUCCCCUGA